CAUGUGAACAUUCUCUACUGGCCAUUCUCCUGGAACGACAAUAACCUUCAAGAGAUUCAAGAUGAGCACCCAGCUCAAGUAUGUGGUUGAGCAACUCAACAAAGAUCCUUUUCGGAGGAACUAUAACCUGAUCAGCUUCGAUGCCUUAGAGCCCCUUCAGCUAUUGCAGGUGCUCAAUGAUGUCUUGUCUGAAAUCAACCCCCAGCACAAGCUUGACAUCAGAGAGGAAACACCAGAUGCUACAGCAAUGAGAAUGUUGGCUGAACUCAAAGUCCUCAAAUACAAGCCUUCGGUGGAGCCGGCUACCUUUCGGCAGGGCCUUGUAGCUGGAAACAAGCCUGUGGUCUAUUCAAUAUUGGAAUGGUUAUUCCAAAAGAUGCCCGAGCUGAAGAAGAGGGCGUAUCUAGCCAGGUUUCUUGUGAAGAUUGAAGUACCUGGUGAAAUUCUACAAGAGGAAGCUGUAAUGGAUACAUACACACAGUAUGAGGCGCUGGUCGAUGGCUUCAUGGAGCUUCACAGGACUUCAGAAACACUGAAGACAUCGGGUUUCUCUACGACGGAGAUCAAGAAAGAUAUAUCACAGAUGGAAGAUGAGAAAGAUCAACUCACAAAGAGGAUUGAAAGGCUCAAGAAAAAGGUGGAGACAGUUCCUAAUUAUGAGCAUAUGAUGUCUAUAGCAAGGAAUUUCAGGAAGGAGCAAGAGAGAGAAGCCUCACUGGCACAGCAAAGGCAAGAGCAGAAGAACCAGCUUCACCAUGCCGAGCAGAGACUGCAGCGCAUGAAGCAACAGCUCAAAGAUUUAAAGCAGUCUACAGUAGGAGUUUCCGCUGAGGACCUGGUGAAGAAACUUGACGAGGAGAACAAGGUGAAUGCUUACAUGUGUGAGGAGAAGCUUCCCAAGGACCUGGAGAACUUGAGGAAAGCCUGUCAAGACCUGGAGAGGGUCGUCAACGAGCCGGCCAUGGGACAAGGAGACCUUGAAGAGAUCCAGAAUCAGAUCAAAGCUGUCAACUCCGAAGUCAAUGGCUUGAUCGAGAAGCGAAUGAUGAGCAACGACCCCAAGGAUGACAAGCUCUCCCUCUUCCGCCAACAAGCCUCCAUCAUCGCCAGAAAGAAGGAAGGUCGAGCGGAUGCCCUGCGAGAGGCCAAGGAAGAGCUCAUACAAGCCAAGCAGGAGCUCACAGAGAAGAGGGAGUCGGCGAAAAAUCUGGAAGGGGAGGAGGUCUUGAAAGGAGAUGAAUUCAAGCGAUAUGUCAACAAGCUGCGUGGCAAGAGUACAGACUACAAGAGGAAACGCCAAGAGUUGGCGGAGCUGCGUGCCGAGCUUGGUGUCCUCUCUCGGACAGAGGAAAUCCUCAAGCAACGUGAUGAACAGAUUCAGCACCGCCUGUCCAAAUUGGAAGCAAAGAAGGGCGUGGCUGGUUACCAUGACACCCAAGAGGAGUUAGAGAAAGUAUCUACAAUCAAGAGUGAAUUAGAUGAUGUUAAAGGUCGCACACUGGAAGACAUGUCACAACUGGUACAAAAGUUGAAUACGAGCAUAGCUUCCAAGAAGGCGAACCUGGCACCCAUUAUAAAGGAACUGCGCCCUCUACGUCAGCAGGCACAGGAGAUGCAGGUGGUUUAUGACGACAAGAAGACGGCAUAUGACACCAAGGCAGCUGGGCUGGAAAGCAAUCGUUCAAAGCUUGAACAGGAGGUGAGAGCUUAUCGUGAGGAGUGCAGUCAGGAGGAGAGCCGGUAUCACUACCUUCAUUGCAUGCUGCAGAUUGUCGAGAUGCAGAACCAGCGGGUCGCCAGCGAGAUGAAGGCGUACACCUCGGCCGAUCAGAUGGAGAAGAAGAAAGCUUUCAGGGAUCAGUACACACGCAAGCUACAAGAGCAAGAAAAUCUGGGCAAGAGUUUACGUGAGAAGCAGAAGGCGGUCAAGGAGAGCCACGGACCAAGCAUGAAACAGAUGAAGAUGUGGGGCGACUUCCAGCUCCUCAUGGAAUGCAAGAAGAGAUGUUUCCUCAGCCAGAGGCAGGACCAGGACGCCGGGAGGAUAGUCAGGGAUGAGGCGGCCAACGAGGAGAGGCUCGUUCUCUAGGACAUCGUCAUCCAAGGGUAACAAAUAAUGAUAUUCAGGACCACAUUCUGUUUGACCCAAUAAUCUUUAAUAAAGAGUCCCUGAAAGAUUUUAAAAAUACAUUCAAUGUAAAGAGAAAUAAAAUAAUAAUAAUAAUAUAGGAUAUUUAUCUUGCGCACAUAUCCACCUUGUUAGGUGCUCAAGGCGCUCCUAUAUUACCCGGCUACACACUAAGCUACACACUAAGUGGCCAUUUACAUUGUAUGGCAGGAGUAUCUUUUAUUAAACAUAUUAGAAAGGUUUGAAGCCAAAAAAAAAAAAAAUUAACGCAAAUCCCUAAAUUGGCAACAAAUAUCCAUUAAUGAUUUAACCAUUUUCAUUGCAUGAGUAUCUCUCUUUAAAUGUUUAAAAAUUGUUUGUAGAAAUAGAAAAAUCAGUUCAAUCCUAAAAUUGGCAACCCUGUGGAAUCUUCAAUAAAAGUUGCCUCAAUUAUAGGCAGGACCAGGGUUCCGGGAGGAUAGUUCGGGAUGAAGCGGCCAACGAAUAGAGGCUUGUCUCCAGGACGUUGUCAUCUGACGGUAACAAAAAAAAUGCUAUGCAGGAUGAAAGAGUGGUUGAGUUAAACAAUGUUUGAUGCAGUCCCACAAUUGCUAAAUCAAAAUAAAUUAAAACAAUGCCAAAUCCACUUACAAAGCAGCCAUUUCAAUUGCAUGUAUGUCUUUUAUCUAAUAUUCGAAUAAUAAUAAUUGAAGAAUGGAAGAUUUAGAAGACAUGUGUUUGCAAAACUGUAGGCAUCGAGAUAUAAAGAAGAAAAGCGGGAUUAAUACAAAAGUAAUUACAUUAUAAACAAGUCGUGACUCAUAUACAGUGUACAACACUAUUUGAUGAAAUUGCAUAAAAACCUGUAGCUCAAUUUCUUUCUUCAUAUUUCAUCUGUUUGUUAGUUCUUAUCCUUAGGUUGUGAAUGUUUUUUUUAAUUGAUAUCUAAUCUGAACUGAAUUCUGCACAACUUUCCCUUUUAGUUGCUAUGAUUGACUGUAACAAUUAAUGUCUAAUCGAUGAUAAAUCUUAUGACCAAGAUUCAAUACAGUUUUACACAUGUUUUCCAUACACACUAGACCAUGCGCUCUGUAGCAUAGGGCUAAAUUUGUCAAAGCCUAGCCUCAUGGGUCACUGUGGGUAUAAAUAGAAUAGAUAAUAUGUUUAAAAUUUGUACAUUAUGUGUACACAUGUGUAUAUAUCAACAGGAAUCACCUUGAUCUGAUAAAAAGUUAUAUACAUUCAUAGAUUGUGAUAACAUGUAAAUACCUCUAUAGAAAAAAAAAGAAAUUAGCCUCUUUAUUACAUGUACAUGUAACA